CUUUUGUCCGCCUAAUAUAUUUUCCCUCUGUUCUUCAACGCGAUUUUAUAGGCGGAUUCCUCCUCCAACAAUCCCUCGCUGCCACUCAAGCGAAGAAGUAGCAAUGGCUGAUCAGGUUCAACAUCCCUCGGUCUAUCAGAAGGUUGCUGGUCAGCUCUCCCUUCAGUCUAGGGUUUCUUCGGGAUUCCGUGCCUGUGAUGAUGGCUUUAGGAACCCUGCUCUUUAUCAGAGACGUGCAUCAAUCAGAAACUACACAAAUGCUGGAUUUCAAUAUCCUGCUGUGCAAUCCUGUGUUGCUACAACUGAUCUUUCCAGAGUUGCCUCAACUGCCUCCCCCAUUUUUGUUGCCGCCCCAGCUGAGAAAGGAAAUUUUAUGAUUGACUUUCUUAUGGGUGGGGUCUCGGCAGCUGUAUCCAAAACUGCCGCAGCCCCGAUUGAGCGUGUCAAACUCUUAAUUCAAAAUCAGGAUGAGAUGAUCAAAGCUGGACGGCUGUCUGAGCCAUACAAGGGUAUUGGUGACUGUUUCAAACGUACAAUACAAGAGGAGGGUUUUGGUUCAUUGUGGAGGGGAAAGCCAAGUCUCUGUUCAAGGGUGCCGGUGCCAACAUCCUCCGUGCCGUGGCCGGUGCUGGUGUGCUCGCCGGGUACGAUAAGUUGCAGGUGAUCGUCUUCGGGAAGAAAUAUGGAUCUGGUGGUGCUUAAGCAAGCCUGAUUUCUUCAGGUUUUUUAGAUGUUGAUGAAAAUCUCUCGCAAAAGAGUUUCCUGGACUUGGCCCGGCGGUUUUAUUUUUUUUCCUUCAAUAAUUUAGUUUUGGAGGGAGUGAUUCCCAAAACCUUACCCAUUAUAUGAACAUUGGAUGAAUUUUUGUAGACGCUGUCUUGAUUAGUGUGGCAAAGACUGCCACUUAAUUGUUUCUUUUGAAAGUUCUGAUCAAAUGAUUAAAGCCAUAUUUUAUUACAGUGAUUCCCAAAUCAA